ACACGUGCGGAUUAUUAUAAAAAGCAUCUAUCGUUCUAGAUCUAGCAGUUUAGUACAAUAUAGUACAUCAGCAGUUUUGUUUUACUACGACUGAAUAAAAAUAAAGAGAUAAAAAAGUUAGUUUAGUCUGAGGAAACUCGAAUUAUUUGAAGAUCAAGAUGCUCACUUAUUUUGAAGGUGACAUUGUCAUUGCGGGCAUUUCAGGCCGUCUGCCUGAAUCGUCAAACAUUGAAGAAUUUAAGGAAAAUUUAAUGAAAGGAACGGAUAUGGUCACUCAGGACGAUCGACGUUGGAAACCGGGCCUUUACGGUUUACCUUCUAGAUUUGGCAAACUUAAAAAUAUUCAUAAUUUCGAUGCCUCUUUCUUCAAGAUACCUCCCAAACAAGCGCAUGUAAUGGAUCCACAACUUCGAAUGAUGUUGGAAGUGACAUUUGAGGCACUGAUUGACGCUGGUGUCAAUCCUUCUACCUUGAAAAAAUCGUAUACCGGUGUUUUCAUUGGCAUUUCCGCUUCCGAUGCGAACAAUUUUUGGAAAAAAAAGCCGGACGGACAAGAAUGGCUUGGAAGUAGCAUAGCAAUGAUGGCAAACAGAAUCUCUUACACCUUCGAUUUAAUUGGACCCAGCUUUUCAGUGGAUACACUCUGUUCUUCGUCCUUGACUGCUAUGCAUCAGGCAAUCAUGGCGAUACGCACUGGCGAAUGUGACGCAGCGAUCGUCGGCGGAUUGAAUCUCGUGCUUGAUCCGAUUCACAGUCUUCAUUAUCAUCAAAAAAAUAUGCUAUCCAUAGAAGGCAAAUGUAAAUCAUUCGAUAUCUCAGCUGACGGUUAUGCGAGAUCCGAAGGAGUGGUCGCAAUAUACCUGCAGAAAAUGUCAGAUGCGCGCAGAGUAUAUGCCACAGUAGUGAACACAGCGAUAAACACGGAUGGCUACAAGCCCGAAGGUAUUAUGUAUCCGAGUGGUAACAUGCAAUACUUGAUGUUGCAGAAAAUAUACAAUGAAGUGAAUAUCGAUCCCAAAGACGUAAUUUACGUGGAGGCGCAUGGUACCGGUACCAAAGCGGGUGAUCCGGAGGAGAUGGGUGCCAUCGAUAAGUUUUUUUGCAAAGACAGAAAGACGCCACUGUUAAUCGGCUCCGUUAAAUCAAAUAUGGGACACGCAGAACCUACAAGUGGAUUGUGCGCGAUUGCUAAGCUGCUGAUUGCGAUGGAAACCGGUGUGAUUCCGGCGAAUCUGCACUUUGCUACUCCAAAUCCAAAGAUUCCCGCAUUGACCGAUGGACGUAUUCGCGUAAUCGACAAAGCUACGCCAUGGAAUGGCGGUCUUGUGGGUAUCAAUUCAUUUGGCGCCGGCGGUACUAAUUCUCAUGUUAUUCUGCGCAGCAAUUCGAAGAUAAAGACAUCAUUGGAUACCGUCGAGCCGCGGUUGCCCAAGCUGGUCGCCGUAUCGGGCCGUACAAAGGAAGCUGUACAGAUAUUACUCAACAAAGCAAACGAGCAUCAUCAAGACAAUGAAUUUUUAUCUCUAUUGUACUCUGUAUACAGUGAUAACUUAUCAAAUCACAACAUUCGUGGCUAUGAAAUACUCGCUUAUGAUAGUACCCGCGAGAUUGUCGAGGCGAAUUAUGACGAAAAACGUCCAAUUUGGUUUAUAUUUUCCGGUAUAGGUACUCAAUGGCCGGGUAUGGGACGCGAAUUGCUUGAAAUAGAAACGUGUCAGCACAGUUUACAGCGAUGCGCGGAUGUAUUAAAGCAGCACAAUGUUGAUCUAAUGAAUAUCAUCGUUAACGGUACCGAUGAAACAUACGAUAACGUACUGGUUGCUACCGUGACAAUCGUGGCCAUUCAAAUCGCUCUCAUCGAUAUGUUAAUAUCUAUGGGUGUGCGACCAGACGGUAUAAUUGGACAUUCCCUUGGUGAAAUAAGUUGCUCGUAUGCCGAUGGCGCGUUUACCCUAGAGCAAACGAUUUUGACGGCCUAUUAUAGAGGCAAGUCGAUCAUAGAAUCCGAUUUGGAACCAGGCGCUAUGGCGGUGGUAAACUUAAAUUGGGAGGAAGUCAAGAACAUGUGUUUGACCGAUAUCGCUCCAGCCUGUCAUAAUUCCGCCGAUUUAGUUACAAUUUCUGGCUCACCCGUGUCUGUGGAAAAGUUCGUAAAAGAGUUGAAGAGCAAAAAUAUCUUUGCCAAAAUGAUCAAUUGCUGUGGCGUUGCUUAUCACAGUAAAUACAUUGUUCCAGUUAAAUCAAAAUUUUGCACUUCUCUCGAUAUGAUUGUGCCAAAGCCAAAGCAGAGAUCUAUCAGAUGGAUUUCUAGUUCAGUACCCGAGGCCGCAUGGGAUAGCCCACUCGCACAAUUUUGUUCACCAGAGUAUCACGUGAACAAUAUGCUGUCACCUGUGCUUUUUCAGGAGGCGAUCACGCAUAUCCCGAAGAAUGCGAUAACCAUCGAAAUCGCGCCACAUUGCUUGCUACAGACAAUCCUGCGUAAAUCGCUACCAUCCACAGUAACUAAUAUCGGUCUCCAAAAGCUGAAUCAUUCAAAUAAUUUGAUCUUUUUACUAUCUAAUGUGGGAAAGUUGUACAUAGCCGGCGCGCAACCUGACAUCUCCAAACUGUAUCCGUCAGCCAAUUUUCCCGUCAGUCGUGGAACACCGAUGAUCGGAUCUCUGGUCAAGUGGGAUCACUCUGCUACAUGGACGGUGCCCGAUUUGAAACAUCAGUCGAAAGAAUCGUCUGGAGAGCAUGUUGUAGAGAUAAAUUUAUCGAGAAAAACAGACGAAUAUCUAAUGGGACACAAAAUCGACGGGCGAUUUAUUUUCCCAGGCGCCGGCUUCAUAUUGAUGGUUUGGCAAGUCUUUGCGAAACUACACAAUAUCGAUUUCGAGCGAUUAUCAGUCAUCUUUGAGAACGUAUGGUUUCAGAGCAUUACUUUCUUACCGGAGAAUAAAACAAUUAAGUUUUUCAUAAAACUUUUCGAAGGUAAGGGAGAUUUUGAGAUCCUCGAAGCGAAUACGAUUGUAGCCAGCGGCAACAUCCGCGCUGCUAAUACUAUCGAGAAAAAUCAGCUGAACUUCUCAUCGCUUCCGAUUUCGCCCACUAAGCUUUUAUUGAAUAACGAGGACAUUUAUAAGGAAUUAAGAUUACGUGGAUAUGAAUAUAAUGGUUUUUUCAAGGGAAUAAAAUCCUGCGACAAUUCUUUCACCAUUGGCGAGUUGCAUUGGUUUAACGAAUGGUCUUCUUACAUGGAUACUAUGUCUCAAUUUAAAAUAUUAUCCAACGAUCGGAAAUUAAUGUAUGGCUCGAAGAUUUCUUUCGCUCUGAUCGAUCCCGUUCUUCAUAGACGAUUGGUCAAUGAGUUACCAAAAAAUGGCGGAUUGCCGAUAUAUUACUAUAAAAAUGUAAAUAUCGUCAGAUCGGGCGGUAUUGAACUAAGAGGCAUAAAACCUAUCACACCUCCGCGACAGCAGAAGACUAGACCCAAAUAUGAACGUUACGUUUUCGUACCAUACGAAAACUCGAGCAGCUUAGGCUUGAAAGAUCCAAAGACAGAAGAGAUUCACAUACUUACUGUACUGUUACAAACUGUAUGUGAAAACAUAACGACAUCGAGAAUCAAAGCCGUGGAAGUUGCGGAUAAUCGAGAAAGACUUUUGGCGCCCCUUGUACACGAUAUUCUUUCUUGCGAACCCUUAGUCACCGUUGAUUUACAAGUAGCCGUCAGUUCCGCGUCCGAUUAUACGAUAAGUUUCAAUCAAACGGACAUUAAUAUUAAUGUAAUUAAAUGGGAUGUGAACGAUACAUUUCCAGCUCAGAAUAUGCAUCUCAUCAUAGCAGCGGAAGUUCUCUCUGGCCGAUCUUGCUUCGUUCUCAAAAAUCUUGCGGCUACCUUAAGUUCUAAUUGUUUUAUUCUUCUAGAGGAGACUGGUAUAUUCGACUUAAAGAUUGCACUAAAGGAAGCGCAUUUGAUGUUAAUUGGUAAACAAAUCGACUCCUCGGGUAAGAGUUAUUUCUUAUUGAGAAAGCGAAAAGUGAGGAAAGAACCGAUCUUAAUAGAGAUCACAGAAAACGAUUUCUCAUGGUUAGCAAAUGCGAAAGCGGCAUUGAGUAAAUUCGACAGUGAAAAUCAAGAUGUACUUUUUGUAUCUCAAAGCGAAGAAUUACUUGGUCUAAUCGGAUUCGUACAUUGCAUCCGGCGAGAAGUUGCAAACGUGCGUUACAUUUACAUCGAGGACAGUAAUGCUCCCAAAUUUGAUUUAUUCUCGCAAUUCUACGCGAAGCAAUUAGAAAAAGAUCUAAUGGCUAACGUCUUCAAAGGAGGUCAAUGGGGUAGUUAUCGGCACUUGCAAUUAGAUCAACAUAUCUAUGUGGAACUAGAGCACGCCUAUGUGGAUACAUUGAUGACGGGAAAUUUAAAUAGUUUGGAAUGGAUUCAAAGUCCAUUAACGUAUUGUCAGACCAAAUAUCCAAAUACACUCUGUAGUGUAUGCUAUGCGUCAUUAAAUUUCAGGGAUAUUUUGCUGGCGACUGGCAAAUUAUCAGCAGAUGCUCUUUCAUCGUUAGGGCUUGCUACAGAAGACUAUGUAUUAGGAUUAGAGUUCUCCGGGAGAGACGCAAACGGAUGUAGAGUAAUGGGUUUAACCAAAUCUAGAGGUUUGGCGACCACCGUAUUGCCGGAUUCCGAUUUUCUUUGGAAAGUACCUGACAAGUGGACAUUGGAGCAGGCGGCGACAAUACCGGUCGCUUAUAUGAUCAGUUACUAUGCUCUAUUUAUACGAGGUCGAUUGAAAGCGGACGAAAGCGUACUGAUUCACUCUGGUGCGGGUGCCGUGGGCCUAGCGGCAAUUAACAUUGCCCUGCAUGCCGGCUGCACCGUCUUCGUCACUGUCGGCACAGAGGAAAAGCGAUUCUAUCUCAAGAAGACCUUUUCGCAAUUAACCGACAAGCACAUUGGCAAUUCCCGAGAUACGAGUUUUGAACAGCUGAUCUUGGACGAAACCCGAGGACGUGGGGUCAAUGUAGUAUUGAAUUCACUGUCAGAAGAGAAACUGCAUGCCAGUGUACGGUGCCUCGCGAAGAACGGUCGCUUCCUCGAUAUUGGGAAGUACGACAUGUUGAAUGGCAAUCGCAUAGAUAUGUCGAUAUUUUUAAAGAACAGCUCCUAUCAUGGUAUACUUUUAGAAAUGCUGUUCGAGGAUAGCGAAGAUAAGCUAGAAACUGUUAGGCUAAUCUCAGAGGGAAUCGAGAAUGGUGUAGUGCGUCCAUUACCAACGACCGUAUUUUCGAAGCAAAGCCUCGAGGAAGGAUUUAGAUUUAUGAUGGCAGGCAAACAUAUCGGCAAGGUAUUGCUGAAGAUUCGAGACGAAGAGCCACAGAAACAUAUGCUAUCGAUGCAAACAACGGUAGCGGCCAUACCACGUACUUAUAUGUAUCCAGACAAGUCGUAUGUAUUGAUCGGUGGUCUUGGUGGAUUUGGUUUGGAAUUGGCCAAUUGGAUGAUCACCCGCGGUGCUAGAUUCAUCGUUCUCGUGUCACGUACUGACAUACGCACUGGUUAUCAGAUGUCACGCGUGCAACAUUGGCGCAAUAAUGGCAUCAAAGUUAUCAUCUCUACGGCAGAUAUUACAACAUUUUCGGGAGCCGAAUGUUUGAUCGACGAGAGUAAUCGAUUGGCUCCUGUGGGCGGUAUAUUUAACCUGGCCGUCGUUUUACGUGACGCUUUGUUUGAGAACCUGCAAAUGGUCGACUUCGAGACUGCAAUCUUGCCAAAGGUCAACGGUACGAGGAAUCUGGACAUGGUAUCGAGAAAGUUUUGUCCAUCAUUGGAUCUUUUUGUUGUGUUCUCUUCUAUAGCGUCUGGCCGAGGCAAUGCGAGUCAAUCCAAUUAUGGUCUCGCAAAUUCAGCUAUAGAGAAAAUCAUAGAACAGAGGCAUACUGCUGGUUUGCCCGGUCUCGCUAUUCAAUGGGGUGUUAUAGGAGAUGUUGGUUUAUAUAUUGAUACGAUGCAGAAUACACACAUCGGUAUAACGCGUAGUGGUAUUUUACCGCAGCGUGUGUCCAGCUGUCUUGAGACCAUAGACGUUUUUCUUCAACAAUCAUACCCAGUAGUAUCAUCUACAGUGAUAGCCGAGAAACGUAAAUCUGUAAAUAACGACGACAGUAUUGAUCAUGUCGUUCAUGUCAUUGCCAAUAUCCUUGGUAUUGAAAAUAUCUCGGUAAAUAUCAAUGACAGCUUCGAUAAUCUUGGCAUCGAUUCGUUAAGCUAUAUGGAGAUAAAACAGAUUCUUGAAAGAGAAUAUGGCAUCUUAUUAUCGUUCCGAGAGAUGUAUGUUUUAACGUUAAAUAAAUUAUUAGAUUUAUUAGCGAAAAGCGAUGUGUCUCACGAUAUUUCAACAAGUUAAAGAAGUACAAAGAUGGUCACAAAUCUACGGAGAGAAAUAUAUUCUUCAAUUUU